GCUGUGACGACACUUCCGUUUGAUCCUGUGCAGCCACGUCCUGUCAUCUGUGUGGAGACCUCAGUCACUAACAUGCCCUUCAUCGAGCUACAGAGUAACCUUCCAGCCAGCGUGUUCUCGGACGACUUCCUAAAGCGGCUGUGCUCCAGCACCGCGGCAGCUCUGGGAAAACCAGAGGACCGGAUGAAUGUGGUGGUGACACCGGGGCUACCGAUGCUAAUAGCAGGCUCUACCUCCCCGUGUGUGAUUCUGUCAGUGUCUGCUAUUGGUGUGACUGACACCGCCGACAAGAACAAGGAGCACAGUGCCAAGAUCUUUGAGUUUCUGACCAAGGAGCUCAGUCUGAAUGAAGACAGGAUUGUUAUUCUGUUCGGUGCACUGGAGCCUCACCAGGUCGGGAAAAAGGGAACUGUCAUGAGCUUCUUGUGAAGGCCGCUUCAUCUCACUCUUCCUGAAGGACAGGAUCAGCAUUUAUCUCACACUAAACACUCAUUUUAAAGGUCACUUACUUUAUUUUGAUGUCAUGUCCCUCUGUGCUGUGCCCAAAGCACAUGAUUAUGUUCAAAAGAAGCUAAAGAUGUGCCACUGUUACAUUCCCAAAACUACCUGCUUUCCAUAUUAGGGAUGAAGAAGCACACAGAGUGCUUAUUUCUUAGAGAAGUUUAACUUGAAAUGUGCAAAACUGUGAGUUUGGCUUUGUGGUGCAGCAGAGGAGCCCACUCUUCAGUUACUAAAUGUUUCCACUGCAAACACAUUUUCUGUGUAAGCUUUUUGACCUGAUGAAAUAAACCUAGUUUACUUA